UCUGUGAGUCAUUAGAUUGAGUCAAUAAGUUUGUCAGUCAGGGAUCAGAGUCUACGUAGUGAGGAGUGGAAUCAUCCUGAUUGUGCACCUAUCACCAUGGUUGAAACCCGUACUGGGCUAGAGACUAACCCCUAUAGCAAGGAGCAGCAAGAAAAGAUGGCCGCCUUAGUCAGAGAGAACAAAGAGAGAAAAGAGCGCGAGAAGCAWGCGAAGCUAAAGGCUAUCGCAGAUGAGCAGGCGGCAAAGAUGAAGAGGUUGGAGGAGGAGAUGAAGAGGGUACAACAGGAGGAGGAAGAAAGAAGGAAGGCUACUGAAGCAGAAGCGGCAGCAGAAGAAGAGAAAGAGAGAAUGAGAAUUGAGAGUGGAGAAGGGAGCAGUGGUGGCACGAUGAAGUGGGAGACGGACACUGAGCUGGAGAAGAAGAUCAKCGAGUGGGUCGCUAAUUUAUCRUUGGGGGAAGACGAGGAGGCGGAGUCCUAUGUGACUAAGGAUGAGAAGGCUGCACUAGCUGCUGAGCUAGCAGCCAUGACAGACCCAAUGGAACGAAGAGAGAGGGAAGACGAGCAAAAGUUAGCAUGGAAGUUGAGAAUGAAGAGGGAGAAGAAGAGGAGGAGAGAGGAAGUGAAUAAGAUGACCGCAGCAGUGGCAAGGGUGCAGGAGUGUAGAGCGGAGGUGCUGGCCCAGCCAGAUGAUAAGGCCAAGUGGGACAAGGUACUGGGCUAUCUAGAGGUGUUGAGCAAGGCCUGGAUGGAGGAGCGCCAGGCAAGCUGGAGCCAGGAUGUAGCGUUGAGUGCCAUGCGGUCAGGGUUUAGAGACUUUGCGCGCGAGAUCGUCACCCAUGUUGGGGGCGAAGUCAAACAGUUGAGAGACAAUGUCGGGAAGUUUUGUGACGGCGCCAUUCAGGGUGCCAACGCUGUAGCCGCCGCAGAGGGAGAGGCCAGGCCCCGUAAGGACCCAGUGAAGCUUAAGUUUCCGGAUGCGUACGGGGGAAAGAAGGAAGAAAACUUUGACAACUGGGAAGCCAGUGUCAAUAGUUAUAUUUACUUGCAGCAUAUCUUGGCCGAGGAACAAGUCCUUGUGGCCCCAGUUCAAUAGUUAUAUUUACUUGCAGCAUAUCUUGGCCGAGGAACAAGUCCUUGUGGCCUUCCAGGCUCUCAAAGAUGAAGCGGCUAGCUUCGCCAGGUCUCUUGCGCGUACAGCCGGUUGUGAAAACAACCUGGUUGCGUAUUCCAAAGUCACUCCUCUCUCCCAAUUCCUCAAGCUCCUCAAGGAGCGGUUCGCUGACCCAACGCGAGGCAUUAGAGCCUCUGAUAAGCUCCAAACGA